CAUCGCUCAACUUUCAUAUCCUGUAGUAUCUGUGGAUGAGGGCAUCCAUAUAUGAUGCCACUGAGCCAUACAAUCAGCUCAGUGAUUGAGAACUCUUAUCGACUUUUCAAAGAGCCGUUUUAGGCAACAAUGCACCUUCCUGCCGCCAAAGAGGAAAGGGGAACCACCGACGACAAUAGACAAUUACGGGGACGGUUUUAGGUCUAGCCAGACAUUGUCUCUCCAGGAGACGGAGACGGUUCACAAUUGCCAUGGCUGGGAAGAAAGCCGCUACCCGAGGGAAGGGAAAAGCCAAGACAUCUUCGGGUCGGAAUGCAGUCCCAGAAGUAUAUCAGCAGAUGCUUGCUGAAGCACUACCCACGCAAUCGGACAUCCCCGAGAGGCCAUUGAAAAAGCGAAGAACCGGUCUGCGGAAUGCUCCUUCCGUCGCUGUGGGGCCAGCCAAGUCGUCUGAUCUAGACGACGAGGACGAUGAAGAGGAAGCGGAAUUUGAAGAUGUCCUCGAAGCACGAAAUCAGGAUGGAGAGGAAGCCAGUGAAUUCGAGUCUCUGCCUAAAGCCCAGCAAACCGCGUACAGAGACUCAGAUUCAGAGUCUGGUCAGAGUGAUCCUGAAUGGGAGGGCGUAGACAUUGACACCCUGCCACAAGACAAUGAACCGAGCGGUGAUCUGGAAUUGACUCUCAAACCGAGAACAACCGCCCAACUUCAAAAAGCUACGCCUAGGCGGAAGGGCGUUUCUAAAGCAGAGAAAGUUCUCAGACUGGAGGCUCACAAGAUGCAUGUCCUAUGUCUCCUGGCCCAUCUGGACCGCCGAAAUGCGUGGUGCAAUGACGAAGAAGUCAAAAGAUCUCUCAAACCAUUGCUGGAUAAGAAAAUGUUGACUUUUCUCAAGCCUAGGUCUGACCUACCCCAGUUUGGCAGAACAGAGUCUUUGAAAAGAGGUCUUGAGCAAGUAUCAGUGAUGUGGAGGACGAAGUUUAGUAUCAUGGCACGAGGCACCCGUAGAGCACUUUGGGCUGAUGAUGAGAAAGAUGUCCAAAAUUAUCAGCUGCCUGAAGACGCUGAAACUUCGUUUGAGAAGUCCGGCUUCAGAGUUGCUGCGACGACUCUGAAGGGUUCCCGAGAUCUUGGAGCACAACUCUAUUGUGCUCUUCUUCGCAGUGCCGGGGUUGAAACCCGCCUAGUAUGCUCCCUGCAGCCAUUAUCAUUCAAUGCCGGCGGACCACCCAUGCCUCGGAGUGCCGCUCCAAUGGCAAAGCCCAUCUCAUCAGAGAACAGUGACGAGGGAGAGCCUGUCGAUAUACAAGGUCCAGACUCUCCAUUUGGUAAUACCAGUGGAUCUUCAAAACCUGGCUUGCCUCUCAACCCUCGUCGUCGACUUGGCCAUCCAAAUGCUGCAGCUUAUCUCAUGCCUGAGAUUUCCACUCCUGCACGCGUCCCCCCAAAACCAAAACGAAAAGUAAUUCACGAGUCACCGUAUCCCGUCCUUUGGGUAGAGGUCUUCGAUGAGGCUCAUCAGAAAUGGUUCCCAGUUGACCCUCUUGUCACUGAAAGCAUUGCAAAGCCUCGGGCUUUCGAACCGCCGUCGAAUGAUUGCGAGAAUAGCAUGUCAUACGUUAUUGCUUUUGAAGAAGAGGGCUGUGCUCGAGACGUUACCAAAAGAUACACCAAAGCUUACAACGCAAAGACGAUAAAAACCCGGGUUGAGUCUACUCCGGGAGGAGGAAGGUGGUGGAGGCGAACUAUGAGAAAUUAUGCUCGAGGGUGGAUGAGUGAUGCCGACCAGAUCGAGGACACUGAGCUGGCAACAGCUGAAGCGAGGGAGCCGAUGCCGAAGAAUAUUGCUGAUUUCAAGGAUCAUCCUACCUACGCAUUGGAAAGACAUCUGCGACGGAAUGAGGUCUUGGUCAGAACGCAGGCAAUCGGUAGAGUGGCAGCUGGCCGGGAUCUAGGGACCCCAGGUGGUAAGAAAAUGGAAAAUGUUUACAGGAGACGCGAUGUCAAAGUUGCUAGGAGUGCAGAUGCUUGGUACCGACUUGGGAGAGAUGUUAAGAUGGAUGAGCAGCCUGUGAAAACAGUUGCUCCAAAAGCAAGACCUGGUGAUGAAGGAAAUGCGGACGAGGAAGAUGAGCGUGCUGGCACCAACUUAUACACCGAGGAACAAACAGAACUUUAUGUGUCGCCGCCAAUAGUCAAUGGUCGAGUUCCGAAGAAUUCGUUCCGGAAUCUGGACAUCUUCGUCCCAAGCAUGGUUCCCAAAGGUGGCGUCCACAUACCUGAUGACGAAGCAUCUCGUGCAGCCCGCAUAUUGGGCAUAGAUUAUUCGGAUGCUCUUACUGGCUUCGAAUUUCGGGGUCGACAUGGCACCGCUGUUUUGAAAGGAAUAGUCGUCGCCGCUGAGUAUCGUGAAGCUGUCGAAGCAGUGAUCGACGGUUUCCACGAUGAACAGACCCGAGUAGAAGAGCAGAUGCGGUCACAUACUGCAUUGAGAAUGUGGAAACAGCUUUUGGUCAGUCUCAGAAUCAAAGAGCGAGUUGAUGGAUAUGAAGUUGAAGGCGAAGAGCCUGAUGUCGUUCCGCAGGAUGACGAUGAUAGUGGUAUGGACACUGACGAGUACGUUGAUGAUGGUGGAGGGGGCUUUCUGAUUGACUGAACUCUUUGAGGAGAAUAUCAACAGCAUUAGGAUCUCUGAGGAGAUUAUCAGCAGCGUUUAAAAUACAGUUCAGAUACGCUAAUAAUUGAGAUUCUUGCAAGAAGGGACCGGUUCCCCAAUGGAAUUGGGGUACGAAGUGGACUAGAAACACUGAGUAUACAAUACACU